AUGCGUAGUAAGCACCCUGCAAGCGCGCCAUCUCCUCUCCCUAACCUCCAAGUUACCAACUAUGGGUGCAUUAACUCGUCCGGUGAUGAUAUCCGUGUAGACAUUACGAAAAAGAAGCGCCAGCCGGCGGGAUGCUCUAACGCAGACUCAAGAGCGAGAGGCAUCGAGGAUGACGGCUGGUGGACGCGACCGAUCGGCUCCAGCAACGAUGUGGAAGAGUGGCGCGCCGGUGACGAUGACAACGACGGAGGCACGGAUGCGGUUGCUAAUGCGGCGGCGGAUGCGACGGUAGAAGCCCAGGCGGCGGCGACUGCGGAUGUGCCUGCAGGAGCGACGCGUGAUGCGGAUACGAAUGCGGAUGGACAAGCGGAUGUGGAUGCGGAUGCGGAAGCAGAUGACGAAGCGGGAGCGGAUGCAGGUGCAGAGGCGGAUGCCGAAGCGGGAGCAGAUACGGCUACGGAUGCGGAGGCGGAAGCGGGUGCUGGCCAGGAUGCGGUCUUCUUCGAAGGCGAGGACAACACGGACGACCUAUGGCGCGUCUCCGACGAUGACGACGUUCCUCUGUUUAAGAGGAAGCUGCGUCACCGCCUACGCGUCACCCGAAAACAAACCCGGGUGGUGCUCUUGGAUGACAACAGUCCGGCGGAGGAGCAACGACCCCGCCUCAGUGCUGCUGACAAGGGGAAGGGUCUGUUCGUGAAGGUUCCUUCUAAGGCCGCCCGUCGUGUCUGCCAAAGUAAGAAGAAUCGGAAAGACGAUGGCGACCCGGGUUCCAGCAAUGGUGCGAAGAAGCAGAAGAAGAAGGCCAGCAAGAGCAAAAACGUCGUGGUCAACGAGGCGCUCGGCAGUGACGAUGACUACGCGGAGGCUGCAGGCCCCAUGCCUUUAUUCCCUGAGAAGGCUAAACCAAAGACUCCACCAUCCGUAAUGCUAACCCCCGCCCACCUUCCUCACGCAGUCGCGGGGAACCUGAGGAGACCUCCGCAUCCCGUGGUGCUGCAGUGGAUAGCGGAGGCGUGGGAUCAAGUCCCCACGCAGGUUAUCAUUGACGCGUUCCGCCACUGCGGGAUCUCAAGCAAGCUGGAUGGGACCGAGAACCAUUUGGUGAUGUCCCACCAGCGCGCGAGGAGCACCACUGAUGUCAUCGAAGACAUGUGCCUCGGGGGGAUCACGGGCGACAACACGCGCCUGCUUGGGAAGGCUCCCGAGGAGGAGGAUGAGGAGGAGGAGGAGCAGCAGCAGCUGCAAGUGGAGGGCGUCAUGGAGGUGGGCGUGGCAACAGGGCUGGAUGUGCUGUACCAGGAGACCCCCAACUAUCGGGGAGCGGCGGCCGAGGCUGAUUGCAUAAUCGAGCCCAAGCAGAAGGCCAGGCGCGCCUGGCGAGUGCCAGACUUGGGGAUGUAUGAGCCUGCAUCUCCUAGUGCAGAUGAGGAGGGCGUUACCGAGGGGGGCUAG